GGACAUUUGUGCAUUUAUCUACGUUUAACCAAUCUUCUUGUUCAAAAAUUGUUUAUUUCUGAUUGGUCAUGAAAAUUAAUUAAAUCUGAAAAAAAAGCUAUAUUAAAAUCAUAUAAAAGGAACAGAAAACUGAAGCAAACUGAAGCAGACAUAAACUUACCAAACGAAUAGAUGCCAUCUAGUAAUCAAAUUGUUUAAUCUUAUAACGAACUUUUAUGAAUACGAAUGAGACGUGCAACUAAAUUUUAUGUUUCAUGUAAAGUGCGAAUGAAGUGAAACUGUUAAGAAAUAUCUUUAUUAUUCUAUUUCAUAAAACAUUUUGAUAGUGAUGUCAAAAAUGACGGGAUACGAUACGCACGAUGAUGGUCCUGGAUUUGUUGGUAUUAGAUUUUGUCAAGAAUGUAAUAAUAUGUUAUAUCCAAAGGAAGAUAAGGAAAACAAAGUGCUUAUGUAUGCGUGCAGGAAUUGUGAUUUUAAACAAUUAGCUGAUAGUAAUUGUAUAUAUGUAAACAAAAUUAUGCACGAAAUUGAUGAAUUGACACACAUCGUUGCUGAUGUUAUAUCUGAUCCUACUUUACCAAGAACAGAGGACCAUCCCUGUCCUAAAUGUAAUCACAGAGAAGCUGUAUUUUUCCAAGCUCAAACCAGGAGAGCAGAGGAAGAAAUGAGAUUAUAUUAUGUAUGUACAAAUCAACAUUGUUCACAUAGGUGGACAGAAUAAAUUUAAUAAUUUGCGCUACGAAUCUAUUUAAUAAGUAUAUUUUUAUAUGAUUUAAAGUAAUAUACUAUUAUAAAUAAAAUUCAUGUAAAUAUGUAUAAAUUUAAAUUUAAUAUUUUUAAGAACAACUCAUAAAUUUAUAAUUAUUUUUGUUCUUUCCUUAACACUUUCACGGUUAGGUGUUUGCAGUUUUCAUUAUUUGCGAUUAUUGUGAUAACACUGACUGUCAUAAUAAAUUAUUAAAACUGUUAUUAUAUAAAUCUUAACAGAUAAUAAUAAUACUUUUUUAUCAUUAAUAAAUAUUUUUUAUUAAUUUAAUACUUUAGUAAUAUAUGAUAUUUUUCAAAACAUUUGCCUCCAUGAAGUGGAAUGUUACAAAAAAAAACAUAUGUAUGCUGUUGAACUUCUUUUUUUUUGCUGCACUGUAUACUCUGCAGGCAUUUCUAAGAUAUUUUAUGGCGCCUUGUACUAUUAUUUUACUUAUUUUAUGCUUCCUCAUAUUAGUAAACAACCUAUCUUGUGGAUAAUAUUUUAUAACUCUUUUUAUGUAUGAAGUACCUAUUUAAAAACUUAAUUUAAUGGACAAUAUAUAUAUAUA